AGCUGCAAUGAUCAAAUGUCCUCCUCGGCUGACUGUGAGUUAGAAAAUCAAUUGCUGUAGAAUACAAUCUCUGUUCUACGUAAAUUUAACUGCAGUCAGAUUUACCAUGUGUCUUACUGUAAGUUAAACUAUAUACAGUAAGUGAACAUUAAGGCAGCUGCCCAGGCUAAAUAUUUCCUUUUCUCCCUGGCAACAAAUGCAUUUCUAUUUUUGUGAGCCACCCUGGGCACCGUUCCCUCUGACAGACCAAUGUAAUUCUACCAGAAUACACGCUGUAUGAAGUAAACAAAUGAUCUAAUUCCAAAUGAUUCUCGCUCCACUGAGGUUUGCAGUCACUUGUUAACCACUUAUUUAGUUAUCCAUGGACCAGAGCUUCACUUUAGAAAGAGUUGGCUGGUGGUCAGCAGUGGCAGCUGAUACUGGCUGUGUGGAAUGUCACUCACAUUAAAGGAACCUCCCACUCUGUAUAAAACCGUGAGUCAGGGUGCAGAUUUAAAGGCGAGGCCCUGCAGCAUUCUUCUUUUUUCUCUGCUCUUCUUGACUGCUCAUUUCUGCAAAGAUGAUGAAAGGUAUGGUCGUAAAGAACAUGUCCUUCAAAGUUGGACAAACCCUCACUGUUGUUGGGGUAGCUAAGCCCGAUGCUACAAACUUUGCUGUGAAUAUUGGCCCCGACGAGCAGGACAUCGUAUUCCAUAUCAACCCUCGUUUCAAUGCCCACGGAGAUGAGAACGCCGUUGUGUGUAACUCAUAUGAGGGAGGCAGCUGGUGUGAGGAGCACCGAGAAGGAGGCUUCCCUUUCCAACAAGGAGAGGAGUUCAAGAUCGUCAUUGACUUCACACCUGGUGAGUUUGUGGCGACUUUAUCCGACGGCUCUACAAUCACCUUCCCCAACCGCCUGGGAGCAGAGAAGUACUCGGUCAUCAGCUUUGAUGGGGAGGCUCGCAUCAAAAGCGUUGAGGUCAAAUAGACAUCUGCACAGCCUCCAGUGAACGCGUGGAUGGAAGAAGAAAAAAAAGUUCCUUUAUCAUUUUCACAUUUAUUCGUUUGUCUGGCAACAGAUAACAUAUUGUCAAACGUUUUCAUAUUUCUGAAUCUUUAUGGUGCCAAUGUUUAACACUUCAUGCUGCACAUUUUCUGGAAGCAAAUUCAGGCAACCGACACUCACAAAGGCAAAUGUAUACAGCAUUGUGACCUAAAGACUUUCCUGUGCUCUUGUCAGAACUACUAAUAGAAAAAUAAACCAAACAUGGAGUUGUUUUACAAUGUUAUAAUUUAGCUGUUUCUGGUCUUGUUGAAAAACAAAAGAAACGAAUCACCAAAAGUGGGUUUGCAGUGCUUCAUUAUUUGUCUCUUGACAUUCCAACGUUGUAACAGAGAGUGAUGCUUACUAGUGACAGCCUCCAUCCAAUAACAGCUUUGGCCUCCCUUUUAACCUGCAAUUAAAAAAUCGUUUUCUGACCCAGA